AUGGCGGCAGCAACAAAGGAAGAGGACGGUCACCAUCCCGAGGCCGUCACGGCCGAGAGCAAGAAUAACGCCGUCAACAAUGCUCAGGAUCUCGCCUCCCAGCAAAAGGUCACCCUGCUGGCCUGCCUCCUCGGUGCCACGGCUAGUGUCGGUGGCUUCAUCUUCGGUUACGUCUCCGGUCAGGUCUCCGGCUUCUUCCUCAUGGACGACUUCGGCAGGCGCUUCGGCGUCCUCGCCGACGACGGCACCUACGAGUUCUCGGCCGCCCGCCAGGGUACCAUCGUCGGUCUCAUGCCCAUCGGCGCCCUGAUCGGCGCCCUCAUCGCCGGUAAGCUGGCCGACGUCAUCGGUCGCCGGCUCUCCAUCUCCGUCACCGCCCUCUUCACCUGCGUCGGCACCGUCAUCGAGAUCUCGUCCUCGGACACGUGGGCCCAGUUCGCCGUCGGCCGCCUGGUCACCGGUCUCAGCAUCGGCGCCCUCUCCGUCGUCGUGCCCAUGUACCAGUCCGAGUCGGUCCCGGCCAUCAUCCGCGGCAUCGUCGUCUCGUCCUACCAGCUCCUCAUCACCCUCGGCAUCUGGACGGCCGAGAUGGUCAACUGGGGCACCGAGGGCAUGAGCGACAGCGGCUCCUGGAGGAUCCCCAACGGCCUCUCCUUCGCCUGGGCCCUGGCCCUGGGCGUCACCAUCCUGUUCCUGCCCGAGUCCCCCCGCUACGCCUACUCGCGCGGCAACACGGCCCAGGCCCGCACCGACAUCUCCAGGCUCUGCGGCCUGCCCGAGGACCACAUCGUCGUCCAGACCCAGAUCGACGAGCUCGAGGCCAAGGUGGCCGAGGAGAAGGCCAGCCUCGCCGGAUUCCGCUUCAUCGAGAUCUUCACCGGCCCCCGCAUGUUCUACCGCACCAUUCUCGGCAUCGUCCUCCAGGCCGGACAGCAGCUCACCGGCGCCAACUUCUUCUUCUACUUCGGCACCACCGUCCUCCAGUCCACCGGCAUCGAGAACUCGUACACCACCCAGCUCAUCCUCGGCUCCGUCAACGUCGUCUGCACCAUCGCCGGCAUGUGGAUCGUCCAGCGCUUCGGCCGCCGCAUCGUCCUCAUGGUCGGCGCCCUCUGGAUGAUGGGCUGCUUCUUCGUCUACGCCUUCGUCGGCCACUACGCCCUCGACGUUGACGACCCGGAGAGCACCCCCAAGGCCGGCUCCGCCCUCGUCACCUUCUCCUGCCUCGCCAUCGCCGCCUUUGCCGUCUCCUGGGGUCCCCUCGUCUGGGCCGUCAACGCCGAGCUCUACCCUCUCCGUUACCGUUCCACCGCCAUGGGUCUCGCCACCGCCUCCAACUGGCUGUUCAACUUCCUCAUCUCCUUCUUCACCCGCUUCAUCACCGACGCCAUCGACUACUUCUACGGUCUCGUCUUUGCCGUCUGCUGCGGUGCCCUCUUCUUCAUCGUCUUCUUCUGCGUCAUCGAGUCCAAGGAUCGCUCCCUCGAGGAGAUUGACCAGAUGUACAUGGACCGCAUCAACCCCAUCGGUUCCUCCAAGAUCCCCCCCGGUAGCAUCCACGUCCCCGGCCACUCUGGAGCCACCGAGUCUGCCGAGUCUGCUCAGGAGUAG